AUGGUCACCGCUUUUGAUAAAAGCGACGCGCGACCAGCGCACAUUGACGCCAUCCUCAAUGGCUUGGACCGAUAUAACCCAGAAACAACAACUGUGUUUCAGGACUAUGUUGUGCAGCAAUGCGAGGAUAGGACUUUUGAUUGUUAUGCUAACUUGGCCUUGUUGAAGCUCUACCAAUUCAAUCCUCACCUCCUCCAGCCCGAAACAACAACCAACAUUCUCGCCAAAGCACUGACCGUCUUCCCUUCACCGGCCUUUUCGCUUUCCCUCUCCCUCCUCCCUGCACACACACAACCCUUCGGAGCAGCCUCGACGGGUGAGAACACAGCAUCAGCAACAAAUAAUAAUAACUCCAUCCCUCAACAAACAUCCGACUUUGUCGAGUCGAUACAAAAACUGACGCACCUCAACUCCCUCCUUGAAUCCGCCCAAUACGCUCUGUUCUGGUCAACGUUCAACUCAGAUGAUCUGUACGCUGACCUCGUCGCCGACGUUGCCGGGUUCGAGGAAUUAGUGCGCGUCCGCAUCGCUGUUGAGGUUGGCAAGGCUUUCCGUGAAAUCAGUGCGGAUGUGCUUGCGCAAUGGCUCGAUCUCAAGUGUCGCGAGGCUCUGCAGAAGUUCGUUGCGGAUGUUUGUGGGUGGGAGGUUGAUGGCACCGUGGUGAGGGUGCCCAAGAACCGCGAGAAUGAGGCCAGGUCGGAGAUUAAGAGUGAGCGAGUCGGCGUGGAUAUGUUCGGGCGAGUUAUUCGGAGAGCGUUCGAGCAGCCUGCUUAG